AUGGGCGUCAAGAACAACGUGACUGAGUUCGUCUUGCUCGGCCUUUUCCAGAGCCGGGAGAUGCGGCGAGCCUGCUUCCUGGUCUUCUCUUUCUUCCACACGCUCACGGUCCUGGGGAACCUUCUGGUCAUCGUCACCAUCAACGCCAGCAAGACCCUGCACGCUCCCAUGUACUUCUUCCUCCGCCACUUGUCCUUUGCCGACAUGUGCUAUCCAUCCGCCACCACACCCAAGAUGAUUGCUGACACUUUGGUGGAGCGCAAGACCAUCUCCUUUGAGGGCUGCAUCACCCAGCUCUUUGCUGCCCACUUCUUUGGUGGCACCGAGAUCUUCCUCCUCAUGGCCAUGGCCUAUGACCGCUACGUGGCCAUCUGUCGGCCCCUGCACUACGCCACCAUCAUGGGCCGCCGGAAGUGGGGGGCCUCCUGGGUGGCUGGCUUCCUGCAUUCCAUCCUGCAGACGCUCCUCACGGUCCAGCUGCCCUACUGUGGGCCCAACGAGAUCGACAGCUUCUUCUGUGAUGUCCAUCCCCUGUUGAAGCUGGCCUGUGGGGACAGCGGGAUGAUUUCUUUAGUGUCCUUCAUCAUCCUUAUCGUCUCCUAUGUGGUCAUCCUACUGAACCUGAGAAGCCGGUCUUCUGAGAGCCGGCGCAAUGCUCUGUCCACAUGCGGCUCGUUUAUUAUCAUGGUGCUUCUGGUCCUGGUGCCCACCAUGUUCAUGUACAUUCGACCCUCCACUGCCCUGGCUGCUGACAAACUCGUCAUCCUCUUUAACAUCGUCAUGCCACCUUUGCUGAACCCUCUGAUCUACACGCUGAGGAACAGUGAGGUGGAAAAUGCCAUGAGGAAGAUCUUCAGGGUCAAGGGGGGUUGGGGGGAGAAGUGA